UCAUUUGUAGCCCAUCAAAUAUGGAAGAAGGAAGAAAAGUUACUGAAGAAAUAAAAUACAAAUGUGGCGGAUGUUUGUUUAUUUGCACCACUAUACUGGACCUACACUUCCAUUUAAUUGAGCAUAUUGAAGGUGGCAAUUAUUUCUUUAAUAAUGCACUAAAAACGGCUUACCCCAAGCACAAAAAUAGAGAUGCUGACUGUCAAACCUCAGAAAAAAACAUAUUACUUAUCAACAAUAUCAAACAAGAGUUUGUUGAAGAAUCUGAGAAUAUUGAGACAGUUUCAACAGCAACACAAACAGAAGAUCAUGCAAGUAAUCAGGAUGAAAAUGUAGACACUAUUGAUGAUGAUAAAAGUGAAGAUACCAGAUGUAGUUUGAAGUUUGGUAAGCUGCAAGAUGAGGAAGAAAAAGACACCUUACAGUCAGCUCAGUAUUCUGAUGAUUUUGAUGGAGAAGAAAGCAAUGAGGAGGCGGUAUAUGAUGAGAAAUUGGUGAAGGUGGAAGAAGCUGUGGACUACACCAAACUUAUUUCUGUAAGAAAAAGAAAAGCUUCUGGUUCACAUAAACAGAGAAAAAAGAAGAAAAAAACAGUGAAGAAAAGAGCAUGUAAGAAAAAUAAAACUGUUUUGAAGGAAACAGAAACUUUAGAUGCUGAUAAGGGAGAAAACACAUCAGAGGAGACUGAGCAAUUGAAACAGGAAUCUGACCAUGAUAGUGAUAAACCUUUUGAUGACACUGUUACACCAGAGAGAAAGAUGUUUUCAUGUUCUGUAUGUAAUAAACAAAUAGGGUCAAGACAGGCUUGGGAAAUUCAUAUAGAACAUUUACAUUACCAUGUGUAUCCCUGUCAGUGUGAAAUGUGUUACUUCCCUUGUCAAGAUCAAGAUGAAUUGGCUGUACACAAUUGCUCUUUAGCAUCAAGUGAAUAUCAUGAAUGCAUACAGUGUCCUGACAAAAAGCAUUUUAAGUAUAGAUGUAAUCUUGUGGCACAUAUUGAAGUGGUGCAUGAUCAAAAUUAUCCCUUGAAAUGUGAAACAUGUGAUUUAUCACUGAUCUCAGAGUUAGAGAAGAGGAAACAUAUGACUAAACAUGACCCAUCUUUACUUGUAUGUGGGUAUUGCAACAAGAAGAUGAGAACAAUUGGUGAAUUAGAAAGUCAUCUUCCAAAUCAUACUGGUGAAACCAGAUUUCAUUGUCACAUUUGUGAUAAAAAGUAUAGAAAGAAAGCAUACUUAAGGGACCACAUUUUCAGAAUACACAGUAGUGAAGAAGAAAAACAAUGCAUAUGUGAAAAGUGUGGAAGCAGUUUUGCACAUUCAAAAGUACUUUAUGAUCACAGGAGGUCCUCAUGUGGAGAACCUAUAUACGAAUGUGAUUUAUGUGAUAAAAAGUUUUGUCAGAAAACAAGUUUGAAGUAUCACAUACGUAACCACACAGGAGAAAGACCGUUCAUUUGCGAUUUCUGUGGGGAUUCAUUCAUGUAUAGAAAUACAUUAUCAAGUCAUAUAAAGCAUCGUCAUACAAAUGACAGACAGUUUAAGUGUAGCAUGUGCGAAAAGUCAUUUGUCAAACUCUGUACUUUACAGAGGCAUGAACGUGUUCAUCUCAAGAUUAAGAUGUUUUCUUGUGAAUAUUGCAAGAAGGAGUUUUCUACAAAUUGGAAUCUCAAAGCUCACAUGCGGCAACACACAGGGGCUACUCCAUAUACAUGCUCUUCUUGUGGGCUUGGUUUUGCUCACAAUGUUGUACGAAAGACACAUGAAGCUAAAUGUAAAGGAGUUACUUUCUCGUAGAACAAAAGACACAUUAUUAAUUCCAAACAUGUAAACUAGCUUUUUUGUACCACUACAUAGCUUGAACAAAUUCAAUAUUAGCCAGGGUUUUCCCUGGCACUUGUUUGUGUGUUUUAGCACAAUUUUUAGCUCGACUAUUCGAUAAGAAUAAGUAGAGCUAUUGCAGUCACCCGAGCGUCGGCGUCGGCGUAACCACUUAUGUUAAAGUUUUUGUAAUAGUUCAAAUAUUUUCAAAGUCCAUUGACAUAUGGCUUUGAAACUUUGCACACUUGUUCACCAUCAUGACCCCAACCUGUAGACAGGAGGAGGUAACUCUAUCAAGCAUUUUGAUAGAAUUAUGCCCCUUUUUCGACUUAGAAUUUACGUUAAAGUUUUUGUAAUAGUUCAAAUAUUUUCAAAGUCCAUUGACAUAUGGCUUUGAAACUUUGCACACUUGUUCACCAUCAUGACCCCAACCUGUAGACAGGAGGAGGUAACUCUAUCAAGCAUUUUUACAGAAUUAUGCCCCUUUUUCAACUUAGAAUUUAUGUUAAAGUUUUUGUAAUAGUUCAAAUAUUUUCAAAGUCCAUUGACAUAUGGCUUUGAAACUUUGCACACUUGUUCACCAUCAUGACCCUAACCUGUAGACAGGAGGAGGUAACUCUAUCAAGCAUUUUGACAGAAUUAUGCCCCUUUUUCGACUUAGAAUUUACGUUAAAGUUUUUGUAAUAGUUCAAAUAUUUUCAAAGUCCAUUGACAUAUGGCUUUGAAACUUUGCACACUUGUUCAACAUCAUGACCCCAAUCUGUAAACAGUAGGAGGUAACUCUAUCAAGCAUUUUGACAGAAUUAAGCCCCUUUUUCGACUUAGAAUUUACGUUAAAGUUUUUGUAAUAGUUCAAAUAUUUUCAAAGUCCAUUGACAUAUGGCUUUGAAACUUUGCACACUUGUUCACCAUCAUGACCCCAACCUGUACACAGGAGGAGGUAACUGUAUCAAGCAUUUUUUUUACUAUCAAGCACUAAGAAUAGUCGAGCGUUGCUGUCCUACCGACAGCUCUUUUUGAAAGAUCAUUAAUAGGAGAAAAUUAGUCUUGAUCAAAUUUUAGCAUUUUUCUUUAGGUAUAUGACUUAUGGUCAUUUAUAGGAGAGUAUAAUAUGUACCGUUUGAUUUGAAUUGUUUAACUGAAAGAGCUAUUAAAGGAUUCUUGACAUUGACUCUAUAUAAAAGAAUAACAUUUUGUUUAGUUUAAUGUUUUUUAUACCUACAUGAAGCGUGGUUGUUUGUACAUGUAUUCAGCUAUUUUUAGAUUGAAAUUUUUUUAUAAAGUGGACCAUUUAUUACAUACACAAUGUGUAUGGAUUUUUAGCUCACCUGUCACAAAAUGACAUGGCCAGCUUUUGUGGUCACAAUUCAUCUUGCAUCCAUUCGUAAACUUUUACUUUAAACAACAUCACCUCAUAAACUGCAAAGCUAAUUUAAUCCAAACUUCACAGGAAUGUUUCUUUGGUGAUCACCUUAAGAAUUAAAUUCCAAGAAGAACUCUUGUUGCCAUGGAAACCAAAAGAAAAAACUUAAAAUCUCUUCUUUAAAAAAAAGUCACGAGCUAGAGCUUAGAUAUUAGCAAUGAAACAUUUUCAAGUGGGUGUUUACCAAGUGUUUUCAAAUAAAAACCCAGGGGUGAAAAAUUGGCCCAGAUCCAUGGAGUAGUUGACUUUCCUUGUAUGUACACAUCUUUUGGAACUGUUUCUUUUUUUUGUUAGCAAUAGCAACCAGUAAUGUUUUUACACUUGCACUAUUUCAGUUACAAAUAUGAACUUUGUGAUAUCAGUUUAAGGUUUAGAUUUUAUAUCUGCUUUUGUCUAUAGUUUGCAAUAUUACUUGUUCCUUGUCAAGGAGAGUUUUUUUUAUUCAGGUGAGCGAUUUCAGGGCCAAGAUUCAUAAAAUCUGAUUCAUAUAGCAUUUGCAAACUUGUAGUUGAUAUAAAUUUACUUUUCUACUGAAAUCACCAAUGAAAUAACUAUAACUCUAUAGAAUGUUUUCUAUUGAUUUUUUGUGUGUCUGCUAUAAUAGUGCUUUAUUAUAUGUUUACUUGUUGUGCUGACUAAAUUAGGAAAUUUUGAUACUUAAACAUCAUUUUUCAGUUCAUAUAUAACUUUUUUAAUUUUUCUUACGCGGCAGUCCUGAUUAUAAAAAAAAACGACAACUAAACAUGUCCGAGAAUACAAGAACAAAUUAUAACCAAAGAAAUUUAUAUUGGUAAUCGCCCAGCUUUUUGUGUCAGUCAUCUGUCACUUGAAGUACAUGUACUUAUUUAUGCUUGUUGCUGGAAAAGUUAGUUAUAAAUGAGUGUAUGGUUUUUACACCGAUUGUGAUAUUUUGUUCCAUUUUACAUGUUUUAUGUUGACAUUGUUUAAUUUAUAUCAUUGGAGAAAGUAUUAAUAUGAAAAAAAUAUAAAAGUGAAAGUUUAAGAAUUAAGUAUAAUUAGAAUAUAAUAAAAAAUAUAAUCAUAAAUGCUUUCACGCCACAAGCAUCGUGAAUAAUUGCAAAAUAUAAAACACUAGUUGUUUCACCACAUGAACAAAAAGAUUUUGAACAUAGUUAUAUCCCCUAGUCUUGUUAACAUAUAACAAUGUUAACUUGUAGUACCUGAAAAUAGAAAGAGUCCAAGUUCUUGCACACAUGUUUAUAUCUUGAUAUAAAGAGUCAGCAGUCAAUGAUUCCCUUGGCAACACCUUUCUAGCCACAGAUUAGGGAAGAUUGAAUGUAUAUAAAAGUAUGUUGUUAUUAACUUACACUUUAAAUCAGUGAACAAAAUAAACGUAUAUUAUACUAAUCAUGACUUAGUUUAUAACUUGACAUUUUAGCUCACCCUGAGCUAGAGCUCACCUAAGCUAGCCCAAAUAAAAUAGAGCCUGCAUAACCAGGUGAGCAAUAUAAGGGCCAUCAUGGCCCUCUUGGUUAAGAAAUAGUGGGCCCAUUAUACUCGCCCCGGCGUGAGCAUAACACUUUGGUAAAAGCUUUACAUGCAACUUCUUGCACAACAUCAUAUCACAUCAACCACUAAAGAUAUUGCUUGUACCUUCACAGAUGUGUUUGAGAUCAUGAUUAUAGAAUACAAUCCAUAGCCCUUUAUUCUGGCAUGGAAUUUAUUGCCCUUUGUUAACCUAAAGAAUUUAUUUCUCUUAUUCUUUGUUGUACAUUCAAAGAGCUUACAUCUAACCACAACAUUUUUGUAUCUUUAUCUUCAAAAUUACUUUUACUGGAGAGGAAUUGAUGUAAGUAUUGUUUUACUUGUUUUCCAAUCCAGUCUGAAUUACAUUGUUGUGCAAUGUUUGUAAAUGUCCAUGUACA